UUGCAUGCGCCUCAAGUGUUAUAGAACAAGAAUGUUGAAGAUGGCGAAGGAUCAUCAGGGGUGGGCUCUUCGGGAAGUCGGAGACUGUCAGGAAGAGCCUAGGCUGGCGGCAGAUGAUGGGCUUAGGGGAUGACAGUAGCAGCAGCUGCAGUGUGCAUUGUCCAAACCCCGGCAAGGACCAGGGAAAGGGAGGUUCAGACCACGUACCUUUCACGACCGGAGGGAGUGACAACGAAAGCGAAACAAGAGCAGAGUCCUUGUUGGGGGCUGAAGCGACCCACGAGCAGGAUAAUCACUUUGUCAGCCCAGCGCUGCACAGGCGAAACCAGUCCGUCGGAUGGAGGAAGAAUAAUUGACGAUCCACAAGAUGCCCAAGAGUCCGAAUCACGGGCUAACCGUCGCAGAAUCACGUUGACUGUGGUGCGCUGGCGGCUGUGUCUGGAUCGGUCGGCAAGUCUGAUCCCUGGAGGUGAUGAUAAACGAGCCAGGCGGAAAUACCCAACAAGCCCGAGGAGCGACGGCGGGGAACUUGGAACCAGAUACGCGAGGGAGAGGGGGGCAAUGAUGGUUUCAGGCUCUUCUGGGAACAGCAAGUGGAUUAGUUCAGACGCUUAAUAAUCCGGGGCAAAGAUGGUAUACAUGUCCGGACCAGAUGCCCUCUUCCGCAAAGUCAAUGGGGACCAGAAGCGGAGGACGAGACGGUGGUGGUGACGAUGAUGAUGAGGCUUCCCUCCAGACGUUCGCGUAA